GCUACAGCUGUUUCUGUUGCCAACUCUCGCGAGAAUUCCUUCUCGGUUAGCAACGUGAUGACGAAACGGUUGUCAUAGUUACAGAGCAGACUUACUUCUUUGUAGAUUUAGGUUUUCCUCCCAAUAUAUUAAUACAACGACAGUUUAUAGUAGUGUAGCGACUUAUAUAAGUUGUUGGAGUUAAUUGCACUUUAUUUGUGCCAUGUUUUAAAACGUUAAAACAUGUUUUAAAAGUUAUGUGUCUGUAAAGGAGGGGCUUAUUUGGCGCAACCUCCCAGCGCGGGAGAUUCAUUCAAAUUGCAGGAGCGCGAAGAAACUGGAGUAGUUGCUUUGUGUCUUUCUUUUAGCUUGCAGUAGUCAGUUGUAGCUCUGCCUCCUGCUUAGCACAUUUAGUCUUUUAGUUAGUGUAAGUUACUUCGUGCACUUUUCUAUUCUUAACUGUGAAAACUUUACCAACAUGCCGGUCCUAGAAGUUACAGAUGCUUCAGCAAUUUCUCCAUCGAAGAGGCCGAGGACAGAAACAAACCCUGCAGAGGAGAGACCCGUCCUCAGGUUUGCUAAACUGUCUGAGCAUGCCACGACACCCACCAGAGGCUCGGCUAAAGCAGCAGGAUAUGACCUCUACAGUGCGUAUGAUUACUCCAUUGGUCCUCUGGAUAAGGCCAUAGUGAAGACAGACAUCCAGAUCGCAGUACCACAUGGCUGCUAUGGGAGAGUGGCACCGAGAUCUGGACUGGCAGCAAAAAACUUCAUUGAUGUCGGUGCUGGAGUCGUGGAUGAAGACUACAGAGGAAAUGUGGGAGUUGUGCUCUUCAACUUCGGCAAGGACACAUUUGAAGUGAAAAAAGGCGACAGAGUUGCUCAGCUGGUGUGUGAGAGGAUCUGUUACCCAGAUCUGGUGGAGCAAGAGACUCUUGAUGAGACAGAGCGCGGUGCUGGAGGUUUCGGAUCAACUGGACGCAACUGAAAGCUGCAAUAAUUAGAAUGUAUAUGUUGAAUAUGUAGAGUAGGUGCUAAUAAAGUUCUGAUUUUGUA